AUGGCGUCUCAGGGCCCCGAGCCCGCCUCCGGGGGGUGCAGAGCCGCGGCCCUGGGGGAGGAGAGGGUUCCGGGCCGAGUUCCUGGGCGACCCAGGCCCUGCCUGGCACUCACGCCCCAGCUGCUCACAGCUCUUCUUGGCAGCAGCUCUUUGGCGUGCAGUGCCCAGUUCUGCGAGGACCCCGGCCUGGUCACGGCCCCUGUGGUGGCCGAGGGCCCCCGCCCCAGCCUCCCGCGGAACGUGCUCAGCGAGAGGGAGCGCAGGAAGCGGAUCUCCGUGAGCUGUGAGCGCCUGCGGGCCCUGCUGCCCCGUUUUGAUGGCCGACGGGAGGACAUGGCCUCAGUCCUGGAGAUGUCUGUGCAGUUCCUCCGGCUUGCCGGCACCCUGGGACCUGGCCAGGAGCAGCACGCUGUUCUUGCUUCCACCAAGGACGUGUGGCGCACGUGGCAGCGGGACACUGUGCAGCUGGCCCUGGCGAGCCACCCGGCAGGCGCCCCAGACGCUGGUGUGGGGGCAUUCGGCGUGACCAUGCAACAGGACGUCCCCUGCUGUGUGAGCUUGGGUGAGGUCCUGUCAAGGGUGGCCGAGGGGCUGGACCGGCCACCGGUCCUCCCUGAGCCUGCCAGCCUGGUGCCCAGGCCCCCAGGCCCGAGUCACCCCAAGGUCCCAAGGCCCCUCCCGCUCUGGCCUUCCCGCUAUCGGCUGUCACCCUCCUUCCUGGUGAGUGAAGAGGCUCAAGGCCUCCUGGGGCAGCCUGGGCCCCAGGCCGAGGGGACCACACCAGCCACAAUACUGGACAGCAGGUCCGUGUCCGGUGGUGAUGUGGAAGACGGCACCUCCUUGCUGCUGACUGCCAAUCCUGACUGGUGGCUGGGGUCCCUGGAGGGCAAACAGGGCAGUGGCUCCUCUCGGGCCCUGGCCAGGAGCAGCCCCCUGGAAAGGGUGGAGCCGGGCUCGCUGGUGGACCUGGAGCCCGGCUCCCAGGAGCUCCCAGAUGGCGCCCUGGAGCUGUGGGGCUCAGACGUAGGCUGCCCCAGUCCGGCCCUGCAGGAUGAGGUGGACGGCAUCUUCCCUGACUUCUUUGCUUACUAGGCGGCUGGGGGUCCUGUUGGGCACAGAGCGACGCACAGCCGUGGUGCAUGCUGGCGUGUUAUUUUGGGUUUGGGUCACAGCUGCGCUCUAAUUUGGGCAAGGCUGGCAGAGCUGUGGCAAGCGGAGGCUGAAUAUUAAAUGGGGAAGCAAUUUUCCCGGA